AUGAUGCACGGUUUAUUCGCAAAAGAUUUCACAGUAAAUCGUUUCAAACAGCUUUUCCAAACGGUUCGCAAUGCAUCUACGACACUGAAAACAUCAACAACGCAAAUUAAUCCAACGAUUACUUCGAUACCAAAUAAAUCGACGAAGAACGCGUUAAAUAAACCAGGUGGAACAAAUAUUGUUUUAAUUGAUGCAGUACGGACACCUUUUGUACAAUCUUCGAGUGUCUUCAAAAAUAUGAUUGCCAACGAUUUGUUACGAUUCGCUUUGCUUGGACUUGUUGAUAAGACAAAAAUUCCACUGACCGAAGUUGGUCAUAUCGUUUGUGGAACAGUUAUUCAAGAAUGCAAAACGAGUAAUAUCGCUCGAGAAGCUUCAUUAACUGCUGGAUUUCCAAAUUCUAUUCCUGCACAUACAGUAACGCUGGCAUGUAUUUCCUCAAACGUUGCUAUAACCGAUAUAAUGGGAAUGUUGGCAACUGGGUAUUGCCAAGUUGGUAUUGCAGGAGGUGUUGAAUAUCUUUCCGAUGUUCCUAUACGAUACAAUCGAAAGGCUCGUGCUGCGAUGUUAGCUUUUGGAAAAGCGAAAAGACUUGAUGCCCAGUUAUUGAUUGGAAAAGAUAUAUUCUUAAAUUUUUUUUCACCAGAGUUGCCUGCUGUGAGUGAAUAUACAUCAGGUGAAACAAUGGGUCAUAGUGGUGAUAGGCUUGCUGCAGCUUUUGGAGUUACGCGAGUCGAGCAAGAUGAAUUUGCUUUUCGUUCACAUUCACUUGCACAAAAAGCACAAGAUGAUGGCUUGCUUAAUGAUAUAAUACCUGUUUUUGUUCCCGGUAAAAAACCUCAAAUUAUUAAAUUCGAUAAUGGCAUAAGGAAUACUUCUAUGGAGAAACUUGCGAGCAUGAAACCAGCAUUCGUAAAACCCCAUGGAACCGUCACUGCAGGUAAUGCAUCAUUUUUAACUGAUGGCGCAUCGGCAGCUCUUAUUAUGACUGAGGAUUAUGCAUUAAAGAAUGGUUACAAACCAAAAGCUUAUCUGCGUGAUUUUCUGUAUGUGGCGCAGGAUCCAAAAGAUCAGCUUCUUCUUUCACCAGCUUAUGUUAUACCUAAGUUAUUAGAUAAAUGUGGGUUGACAUUAAAGGACAUCGAUGUUUUUGAGAUACACGAGGCUUUUGCAGGACAAAUUUUAGCGAAUUUAAAAGCUCUGGAUUCAGAAUACUUUUGCAAGGAGGUGAUGAAGCGUUCAAGCAAGUAUGGAUCGAUUCCAAUUGAAAAAUUAAACCUAUGGGGUGGUAGUUUGUCUAUAGGUCAUCCGUUUGGUGCAACUGGAAUACGUCUUGCAUCACAUACGGCCAAUCGUCUCAGACAUGAAAAUGGGCAAUUUGGUUUGAUUGCUGCUUGUGCUUCAGGAGGACAUGGAGUUGGAAUGCUUAUUGAGGCAUAUCCACAGUGA